CCGGUGUUGUAUCAGAAAUGUUGCCCCUGUAGAAUUCCAGGUGAGGGGCGGAGUUCCGAUUCUUGCCGAAGAGCCGAGGACCCGGAAUUCUACAGGGGCACCAUUUCUGAUACAACACCGGUUUUACGAGACUCCACCCACAUUGCACGACCCCUCUGGGAAAUGAUUGGAAGUUAUUAUUAUCAGUUUAUAUCAGCAACAAAACUUAAAUACUAAAUAUACCAGCUAUACGUGUUGCUUAAAUAGCCUGUCUAACGUGGUUAUCUCGUUGCUUGCUAGACUCUAGCCCAAAAGCAAGAUGGCGCCAAAACCUACAAGAAGGAAAUGUAACGUCACCUAUGCGCCGUGCGCUUUGCCCAUUCAGAGAGCACUGGGUGGGCGUGGCUACAGUCGGACAGGCUCCUUGGAAUACACGUGUGCUGUGAGAAAUUAGAAAUGAAGAGAAAACGGAUUGUGGGCCAGGUAGUGACCGGGAGAUUACCGGAGCACAGCCAGGAUCAGGAUGCCAAGGUGUUUGAAGUCCUCGAAGAGCUGGAUGACUCUUCCGCUCCUAGAAAGGAAAAGAAAUCUGCUGGAAAGCUGGCUCCGGAGACUGAGAUCCUAAAACCUGUAAAACUGAGCAAGUCUGAGCUGUACAAACCACCGACCAAUGAGGAGCUGAACCGGCUGAAAGAGACAGAAAACCUCUUCCAUACCAACCUACUGCGCAUGCAGAUUGAAGAGCUGCUGUUGGAAGUAAAACUGAAGGAGAAGAAGAGAAAAAGUAUUGAUGCUUUUCUGCAUGAGAUCAAUUCUCUGCUUGGCCAAAUACCUGAGACCAGUGAUAGUGAUCUAGUUGAUCAGUCCUGGCUUCCCAAGAAUGUGAAGGUACCUUUCCUGCAGGUUCCGUAUCAGGUGAAGGGAAAAUUUCACUUCCGCCCUCCCUCCUCUGUCAAAGUGGUGGGCAGCUACCUGCUUGGAACCUGCAUCAAGCCAGAAAUCAACGUAGAUGUUGCUCUCACUAUGCCGGCGGAAAUUCUUCAAGCCAAAGAUAAUCUGAACCAGCGCUAUCUGCGGAAAAGAGCUCUGUACCUAGCUCAUAUCGCAGGACAUCUAGCGAAGAACAACAUUUUUGGCAGUGUGACUUUUACUUACAUGAAUAGCAAUCAUCUCAAACCCAUCCUUCUCCUCCGACCACGAGAUGAGAAGAUGGUGACCGUUCGUCUGUACGCAUGCCCUCCUCCUGGCAUUUUUAAGCCCAGCCGCCUUUUCCCCAACAAGAACAAUAUCAGGACAGCAUGGUACCUGGAAAGGCCGUCUGAAUCAGAGGAAGCCAGUGAGCCUCCCACCCCUCAUUACAACAACUCCAUCCUGCUUGACCUUACUCUGGAACACCACCUGCACCAUCUUUCCAGCGCCUCCACAGACUUCCCAGGUAUGAAGGACGGUAUUUCCAUCCUCAAGGUCUGGCUUCAUCAGCGACAGCUCGACAAGGGCCUUGGUGGCUUUAAUGGAUUUCUGGCAUCCAUGCUAGUUGCUUAUCUGCUCUCUAAAAACAAGAUCAAUAAGGUUAUGAGCGGGUACCAGGUGCUAAGGAACACGCUGCAGUUCUUGGCCACCACAGACCUAACCGUUAAUGGGAUAACAAUGGCAAGAACCUCCGACUCCUCCCUUCCGUCCGUUGCUGAUUUUCACCAAGCUUUUGAGGUUGUUUUUGUGGAUCCACUGGGUCUUGUGAAUCUUUGCGCAGACAUGACCACCAGCAAAUACAGACAGCUUCAGUUUGAGGCCAAAGAGUCGCUGAAAGUCCUGGAUGAUACAACCACAAAUGGAUUCCAUCUUCUGCUCAUGGUGCCGAAACCUUUCAUCCGAACAUUCGACCACGUCUUCCAUCUGACACAGGUGACCAAGCUGCAGGUGUCCUGCAAGAAGAUGAAGCUGCUGAAUGAGUUAAUGGAUCGGGGAGGAGAUUAUGUCUCCACAGCUCUGCCGUUCAUCCUGUCCGUGCUUCGGAGGGGUCUGGGUGAAAGGGUCACCCUGCUGUCACACACACUGCCACAGAAACCUGAGUGGUCUAUAGGAGAGGACCCUGCAAAACACAGGGAUGUUGACCUGUCAGUCGGGCUCUUGCUAACCACAGACUAUUUCUCUAGCCUUCUGGAGAAGGGCCCGGCAGCUGACAGCACAGAGGCUGCUGAGUUCCGGACGUUUUGGGGAGACAAGUCUGAGCUGCGUCGGUUCCAGGAUGGCUCAAUCUGCGAAGCAGUGGUCUGGCCUGGUAAUACCCUGCGUGAAAAGCGCACAUUACCUGAGCUGAUCGUAAAACAUCUCCUACAGCUACAUGCUGGUCUGCCGGAAACGAGCUUUAGUUUCACAGGAACACUAUUGGAACCUGUAAUUGCAAGAGGGAAAGAGAAAGGAACAGGUGAGGAGCAGAUGGUUGACGCAAUGAAGUCUUACGAUGACCUGAGUCGGAAGCUGUGGAAUCUUGAGGAUCUGCCGCUAACUGUCACAGCUGUCCAGGGAAUCCACCCAUCUCUUCGCUAUACAGAUGUCUUUCCUCCCAUUUCUGUGAAGCCAGAUUGGUCGUUCCACAAAAUCAUAAAGGAAAGAAAGAGCCUUAUCCCAUUGCGGCAGAAACCUUGUCCAGCUUAUGUGUCGCCUAUUAAAGUUAUUUGCCACAUGGAAGGAAGUGGAAAAUGGCCACAAGACAAAGAUGCCAUCAAGCAUGUGAAAGCCGCAUUUCAGAUCAGACUGGCUGAGCUUCUGAGAAACCAGCACCAGCUGCUGUGCCAAGCUACUGCAUCCUAUACAGAUGUGUAUAAGGAUGGCUUUGUGUUUCGGGUUAAAGUUGCAUAUCACAGAGAGCCACAGUACAUGAAGGAGUUUGUUACACCGGAGGGGAUGCUGAAAUACCGCGACACAGAGGAAUCGUUAGAGCUGGAAUUAGAAACCGUCCACCUGACUUUUCUAACCAGCACACUGCAUGGUCUCCACCAGCAAUACCCAGCAUUCGGGGGCACAUCACGUCUGGCAAAGAGGUGGAUAAGAGCGCAACUUCUUGGGGACGACUUUUCAGAUGAGUGCGUAGAUCUGCUGGUAACACAUCUGUUCUUGCACCCAGCACCGUUUGUGGCUCCCAGCUCUCCACAGGUGGGUUUCCUGCGGUUCCUUCACCUUCUGGCCACAUUUGACUGGAAGAACAGCCCCCUCAUAGUGAACCUCAAUGGAGAGCUGAAAGAUUCCGACUUCACAGAGAUCCAGAAUGACUUUGUUUCUGCUCGCGCUCAGCUACCCGUCAUGUUUAUAGCAACACCCACCGAUAAAAAGGAUUCUGUAUGGACAAAGAAGCAGCCAUCUGCACAGAUCCUGCAGCGUCUUCUCUUCCUUUCUUUGGAGUCUCUCAACGUCCUUGAGAAACAACUCGUGGACCCUGCAGGAAGCCACGACGUAAAGAUGAUUUUCCGGCCUCCGCUGGACUUGUAUGACGUUUUGCUCCACCUCGAUCCCAAGCAAAUUCCACGGCACAGAGAGGCUGUGGAUCAGACAGCUAAGUCUUACUUCCGAGGCUUGCUAAAGAACGACGCCGAUGUGAAGGCUUUGCUGUUUCCUGUAGUGGAUUAUGACCCUGUGCAGUUAUACCUUAAGGAACUCAGAGAGUCGUAUGGAGAAUUUGCCUUGUUUUUGUACGACUUACAUGGAGGCGAAGUGAUUGGAGUUCUUUGGAGACCAACAAGUUUUGAGCCACAGUCUUUCAAGACAACCAAUGUGAAAGGAAGAAUGAUGGACGGCAAGACUAAGACCUCCGGGAUGGUUCCCAAUGUGGAAGCCAUAUUGGAAGACUUUGAGAUUUUAGGGGAAGGACUGGUCAUAUCAGUAGAGGCACGAAGUGAGCGGUGGAACAUCUGAGAGCAGCAAGAACAAUGAUUCUACAGAGCCCAGAACCUGUUUAUUUACAGGAGAUUUUUCACUAAAUUGGACAGUUUCUGGUGAUCACAUUGUAAAUGUAUUUUAUUAAUAAAUCCUCCUGUUUUGUGACGAUGCCGUCUGUAACAAACCUCCUACACUUCAGGUUUCCAUAACUGUAAAUGUAUAAUCAGUUGUCAUCAAUGCGUUUCUUACAAGAGGCUUUGUAAUUAUUGUAAUAUUUUGUUUUUUACAGAUGGGAUUUGGUUAAAAAAAAAAAUCCAUAUUUAACACUUCAGCUUUACAAUAAAGUCUCUCUAGCCAUUUGUCUUUA